AUGCAGAGUCUGACGAAUAUCGCUCCUUGCUUUGGGAUUGAGCUACCUGGUCACGGUAGAUCGACCUUCGCACCAAAGGACUAUCAAGCAUACACAAUCGAGGCUAACGCCGCUCUCUGGAAGGCUGCCAUUGAGGAGAUUUGCCGGCUGAAAGGUCAUAAGUCGGUUGUGCUUAUUGGCCACAGCAUGGGAUGCUCUAUCUCAGUCCUUCUUGCCUCGAGCACAUCAAGCGCUGUCCCUUUGUCAGUGCCCGUGUCAGCUGUAGUAAGCAUCUGUCCUCGUGCUCGUCCAUUUUCCGAUCACGACCUGAAAACCGCCAGUCGAUUGUGCAAAUUACCUGACCCAAUCAUCAACAUACUACGAUGGUUCGAUAGACGUGGUGGGGUCAACAGUACCAGCGUUAACCGAGUGAUAGGUGACAUGAAAGAGCCUGACUUGAGACGAAUGCAGCUGCAGUGGAAUCGUCAAUACCGAACUCCCGUGCUCAAGCGAAUAACAUCUGGUCUGCUACCUCAGAGCACAUUACCACAAGGUGGCUAUCCCUCAGCGGAGGUAUGGAAAGGUUUACGGAUACCUUUAUUUCUGAUUGCUGGCGAGUCUGAUCGUGUCACACCUACGCAGGAAGUCGAUACCAUUGUUCGCUACGUUACCGAACAGUCCUUCGAACAGUGGAAGGUCAAACAGCAAGUAGAUCAGAACGAUCCUAAUCUGGCAUCAACAAAUGGAUUGGUACCGCUUACGAUCAGGUAUUCCCCGAAUGAAGAUGGAAGAAAACAAUCUGUCAUUCAGGUUAUCACGCUACCCUCCCCAGCAGCCCAUGCUCUGCUGUAUGCUCAUACCACGUAUCGACUAGUUUCAGCACUAGUAGAAUCUUUCUUGGCAAAUCAUGUCUCUUCAAAGCUUGAUUUCAGCUACCAGUUACGGCUUCUCACGACUGCUGGAAAGUGGGAUGUGAAGAAUUACCUCAAAUGGCGGUCAGUACUUCCAGUCAGCGAUCCUAUAAAUACAGACGACCGACAUGGUGGAUUUCCUAACGGUACGUUCCGAGCACUCAAGACAAUGCGAGAGCAAGACGAUGAACACAACCCUACGAUCUUCUUGCAAAAAUGGGCAGACAAGAUUUACGCUGUCAUUGACAUAUCUCAUGAUGUACCAGUUUACAACAGCAAGGUAUUAGAUAGUGGGGGUGUUGAGUAUCACAAGUUUCCCACUGUGAGCAAGAUACCACCAACGCCACUUGAGGUACAAGACUUCUGCUCCCUCGUAGAUACUCUGAUCGCCGAGAAGAAUGCCAAAGAGGCUGCUCAUGAAGCGAAACGAAGCAUUGCAGUCCAUUGCCAUUAUGGCUACAAUCGUACAGGCUUCUUCAUAGCUUCAUACCUCAUCUCUCGUUGUGACUAUACUGUUCAACAAGCGAUUGACGAGUUCGCUCGUGCCAAACCUCCAGGUAUUAGGCACGAACACUUUAAAGAUACGUUGUGGCUGCGAUUCGCUAGUGGCAGUAUUCAGCAACACACCAGGGUGUCUAUAAUUGCAAAAAGAAGCGAGACCAUAACCGGUAAGCAUAAUGCGUCAAGCACGAUACCAGAACAGGAUGAAGAUAUAGGAAAUAUCACAGAAGGCGAUUUCAACUGA